AUGGCUGUUGAGCUCAACAUGCCUCGUUGUAUCUACGCGGAGCAGCUAGAGGAGUGGCUACUCCUGGAAGCCUUCUCCAGGUUGUGGCAGGAACAGGGCAAGGGUCAUCUUCCCAUCACUCAUUCACUGGCGGUGCGUAAUGAUCUGUUACACAGUGCCUCGCACUUGCUUGACGCAGAGAGUUCCCGUGAACUACAUCGUUACGCCGAGCAGUUGCAGGAUUUGCUGCCGGCGACAGCCGCCCGUAUGUUUCCCAGACCCUUGACAUCACCAUCGUCCUGCUCCAAUGCAGAAAUCCUGGCCAACCAAUUCUUGCAGCAAGGAUCGGGAUCUUUAUGGACGGCGGUCAGGCAAAUUGCCCAGAAUCUGCCGUUCCAGGCUUCAUCCAGGCUGCUUGGGGACAAGCAUCUACACUUCACGGUGGGUGCCUAUGGCCAUAGACAAUAUGUGGGUCUUUUGAAGUUGACCAGGUCACAUCAGGCCGUAUGCAAGAUGAUGAAUGCCCUGAUUGCACUCAUCAAUCCUGGGCAAAUCUGGACCACUGUUGUCAUCAACGUCAACUUUGAUGCCCAGGUACAUGCUGAUGUCAAUAACGCCUCCUUCGAAAGCCUGUUGGUUGGUCUGUCCCAGCUCUGGGUGCAGGAUGACACAGGACGCACAUACCAGGAACAUAAAGGCUGUCUCCUGCGUGGGCGACUGCAUCAUGUGAGUGGUGCUGCCAUCCUGCUGAAAGCAGGGACUGUCCUGCAUUCAGUGCAGGCCUGGACAGGUGGAGACCGAAUCACGAUGGUGGCAUAUGCCAUCGGACAGCAUGCACACAUCAAGCCUGAGGACCGCGAUUUCCUGACUCAGCUUGGAUUUGGGCUACCGGGAGCGCCGAGUCCAUUCUACCCGCUGCCUGAGUUGCCUGCCUAG